AUGGCAAACGGCGCUGACAGCGGUGCUGUCCACAGCAAAGCGACAACCAAGACAUCCACGGAUCCGUCACGAUGGAACGACCUAUCAGACGAGAUACAACACAUCACCCAGGGCUUUGUCCCGCUCGGGCUCCUCGUGUCACGACUUGCGCAGCGAUCCCACAAUGCUCUCCAGGACUGCGUAAUAGCCAUGGCCAAGAUGCCCCUGCCUUCAUCUGCGCCUAUGGUCAACGGGAAUGCGGUAAAUGGGGGGUCGCUGCCUGACGACUCGUCGCCAGAAAAUAUUCGCAAGAAAGCGCACCUGCUCGAAUUCGUCAAGGACGAGCACGCGAAAUGGGUCAAGGCGCUGGUCAUGACCUCGUGGAGCAGAAAGGCCGAGACCGUGAGCAAGCUCAUCGAUCUGUACAACGCGAUCAACAUGCAGAAGUUCGACUACAUGCGAUCCGUAGAGCACCUCAUCGAUGUCCGCGCCGCGCUCCCAGCCGCGCGUCUGGGUGAACCUGAUCUUCAGACGGCUUUGCAAAUCCUUUCGACAGGGGAUGCGACAUGGAUGCCAGAUCUGCAGUAUAUCGAGCCACCGCCGAUCAGUCCCAGAGAGAAGUUACAAUGGAUCGAAAACACGAAUACACUCCUAUCACUGCGCCUCAAUCUCGAAGAGCACGACAAGAUACCGGCUCAGUUCAAAGACUACAAGAUCGAGUCGGGCAGAGUCACUUUUGUUGUGCCAGGAGAAUUUGAGGUGGACCUGACCAUUGCCGACGAGGACUUUGAAAAGCAGUUUUGGUUCAUCGACUUUCGAUUCGCUUUCACGCCUGCGCCCGCGGAGCUCUCCGAUCUCUUGCGACAGUACCUCGAAGUGAAGGUCAACGAAACGCUGGAGAAGGACGGCUUAAGGGGGUGCUACAGCUUCCUGCACGAGUUUGUGCUUACACAUAAGAUCACGGAAUUCGUGCGUCAAGCAUUUGAGCUCAGUCGGCACCAAUGGGUCGACACACUCAAGGUUGAGCGCCUCAACCGCGCCAUGUCGAUACAAUACUGGGCCAGCCGUCAUCCUCCCGAGGGACCCAAGAGCUGGAUCCUCCUUGGGGUACAUAGUGGCAGACAGCUCGGCAAGCCGUCCGAUCCUUCUUCGACAAGCAAACUCACUCUCCGGUGGUUCAAGGACAACAAAGAAAUAUCAGAUGCUCAGAUUCCGCUUGACGAUCACGACAUCUCGACAGAGCGUCUACUGAAGAGGGUCAUUGGACGCCAUGUCAAGUCGACUCUGGGUGCUAUCUACGCAAGGCUCAACAGCAAGGGUAGAUUCCAGCAGCGUGAGGCGGCGUUGUCAUUGAAUAUUGCCGAGGACGAGCCAGUGCUCUCGAACCUCCAGAUGCAAAUCGGACGAGAGGAUAUAGUGACGGUCAAGAUCGCGCCAACGACGGGACAGUUUGCCAUUUCACCGCAGACUGCCGUGACUUCGAAGGGCGAAAACCGGCUGAAUAUGUCGUCUAAAGACCCCACAGAUGAAGGCGUCACUACACUAGAAAGUAUUCGGUGCUACUACACGGUUGAUGAGCUCAACCGCCGCGGCAAGAGCAUGGGCUGGAACGUCUGCAGAGCGCCAGUCAAGAUGGACGAUAUCAAACCCAUCUUGAAUACUCGCGAGUCGUUCCAGGCGAUGUGGUUCAAGCGCCGUGGAUGGCCCGAGCAGUGGUACCUGAUGCUCAGCUUGAGCUUGGGUGGUGAUAGAUGGUGGUUGGUAGAGGUUGCGGAUAAGCCAUCGCGGAUCUCGUCGUACACGCCACUAUCGCUUACUGCCGGCUUGCCAGAAUUAUCUGACAAGUUUUUCCAUGAGCUGACGGUCUUCACUGCCAUCAUGAUUGCUCAGAUUACUGAUCUAAGACACUUCCGAGCACAAAACAUCGACCAUGCGACAGAGGCUCGAGUUAACAAGUCGCUGCCUCCUGGCGUUAGGGUGCCAGCCAUUCGCGUCAAGCUCUCUGAUAUACUGCAGCGUCCAGGAUCCGCAGGGUCGCAGACGCCCAAGGCCCCCUCCUGGGCUCGGGAUUCUGUGCGCAUCGUGUUCCUGGGCAUCCGGAACACAGCUCCUGUCAGGUCUUUGGUCAAGGACGAGACUGGCAAUGGAGAUAUGCCGGAUUUGACCCCGAAUAACGAGCACAAAUUGAGCACCGUGGUCGACGCGCGCUUUAAGGUCGCCGAGCCGGAGAGAUUCUCGAUGCUCAAAUGUAAUGUGGAGCGCGACGUCGUCUUUAACAAGAAGCUCGGCGUUUUCGCGUUGCAUCUUCAGACCGAGCUUGGGACGCCAAUAUUUGAUACCCUCAAGAGGCGCCUCCAAGCUAUCGAAAGACUGGUUGACUGCGUGGACGCGAUCCGGCGAUGCGAUCGUGAUGUCCGCUGCGAAAAGAUCAGCCUCCAGAAAAUUACAUUUUCAUACAGUCAGCUCAGCAAGGCUGAGGCCGAGUCGGCGAUACCACCUCCAGCUCGGAGGCGGCAGGCGACGUUGGACCUGAGUGCGGACGAGAUACAACUGCGGCUCGAAAAGGACGACCCUCAGUUGCGAAUUAUCGAUAUGUAUCAUCAGCUUCUUAACUCGGAGCUUCGCUUUGGGCAGCUGGCAUUCUUCCUGUCCAUCAUCUCCCCACUACAGUCUGCGCUCGACGCCAUCGAAACUGCUUGGCUGGAUCUUAGUGCCGACUGUAAAGGUCAGGUGGCUGUCUUCGCAACACAUCUGGAUUGUUUCAAUAUUCACUACACGCUGCCCGGGGCGACCAAGGAUUCUGCGAGAAAAGCGGCAUUGCGCAUUCAGCUUAUGGAGCGUAAGAACAACCAGUUCUGGUGGGUAUACCGUGACGAGCCGGGCCCGGUCAGGGAUCCAGACGACGCCUUCAAGAAGGCACUUGACCCGGUCUGGAAUGCCCCUGACAGGCAGUGGCGGAAUCUUGGUGGAGGCGCGGCCUGCACCAUGGACCGCGGCAUCGAGACACUGCUCAUGGCCAUUGACGGGGCAGUGCGACCACUGGCUCUGCAGUCGCCCAAGGCCAUCAAGCAGAGCGUCUCGAAAACCACGUCGGGAGCCAAGACUCAAGCAUCCGGUGCGGCGGCGGCGCAAGGCAAAACGGCGCAGAACAGUAACAAUAACAACGCCAAGGCACGGCCGAUUGCGGAAGUCGUGGUGCUGGAUUGA